UACAUAACAGAGAGGGAGUGCCAGAGACCAGUCACAUGUGGAGAGACAGAAACUGGGAGAGAGAAACUGAGAGAGAGAGAGGGAGCAGUUCAAAGAGGAAAGAGAGAGGAGACCAGCCUUCAGACUGAGGAGCUAGCUGUCAAACAAUCGCCGGAGUUUACUCCAUUUUAUUGGAAUACAUUUUUUUCCGCAUUUUGACCAAACCCAUACACACAUACAGACACUCUCUCUCAUACAAAGAUAGACACUCGUACAUCCUCACACAAGGAACCAGCACAUUGGAACACACAUACACAGACACACACGUGGACAGACUUUUCCACAAGCAGAGGACCUAGAAGAGGUGUGAGUGUGUGUGACUCUCAGUUUUAAUCCUGUGAGUGUGUUUGGAAAACACACUUGCGAGGAGCAGCAGUGAGUGUGCGCGUCCAUCAUUGCGCCUGUUUAGUGUGCGCAACGCAGACUAACUUCACUUUGGACUUGCCCUUUUUCAUUCAUUCUUUUUCGUGCCUUAAGUAACGCCGUCGCUUGGGACUGAACCUGUGCCCCUCAAACCAGCGGCGCACCUUGUGUUCGCGUGAGUGUCCGGGAUCUAGACCUGUGUGUUUGUGUGUGUGUGUGUGUGUUUGGGUCACACCAGUCAGAAAGGCUAGUCAUGGAGCUGUGUUGGCCACUGAGGGUGGUCCUCGUCCUACUGUUCGGGACCGCGUCCACCGGAGCCUGGAGAGCGUCUCAACCCAGACUACAGUUCACACACUCAGAGCUGAUCCAAAAUGGCCGCCUGCUAACCCUUCCCCUUGUGGCGGGAGACCUGUCCAUGCUGCUCCCCGACGAGGACGGCCGGCGUCUCUUUGUGGCUCUGAAGGACAACCUGCUGUCCACCAGCCUGGAUGACAUCACACAGAACCCUCGCAAGCUUUACUGGCCAGCCAGCCCUGAUCGUGUCCAGGAAUGUCUGAUGGCUGGGAAACAUCCAGAGACGGAGUGCGGUAACUUCCUGAGGGUGCUGCAGCCGUAUAACCAGACCCACCUGUAUGUGUGUGGCACCGGAGCUUUCAACCCCCGCUGCGUCUUCAUCGCCACCAGCCUCUUCCUCAAGUCGGACCACCAGAGCCUCAGCUACGGACAGACGGAGUGCGGUAAAGGGAAGUGCCCCUACGACCCCCACCAGCGAACAGCCUCCGCCGUGGUCGAUGGGGAGCUGUAUGCUGGCAUCACCUCAGACUUCAUGAGCAGGGACUCCGCCUUCUUCCGUAGCCUUGGCAACCGCCGCGUGAUGCGCACGGAGCAGUAUGACUCCACCUGGCUGCACGAUGCUCAGUUUGUGCGUGUGGCCCCUCUGUCUGAGACUGAUAACCCGGAGGACGAUAAGGUGUACGUGUUCUUCACUGAGCGCGCUCAGGAGGCCGAGGGGGCUGCUGGGAAGGUGCUCUACUCCCGCGUGGCUCGCGUCUGCAAGAAUGACAUCGGCGGACAGAGGAGUCUGGUUAAUAAGUGGAGUACCUUCCAGAAGGCCCGGCUGGUCUGCUCAGUCCCUGGUGCCGACGGACUCCAGACGCACUUUAAUCAACUGCAGGACAUUUUCAUCCUUAAUGGAAAAGACAAGAAGAACCCCCUCAUCUACGGCCUGUUUACCACAUCAAGUGACAUCCUGAACGGCUCGGCGGUCUGCGUGUACCGCAUGGAGGACAUGGCACGCGUCUUCAAGGGGAACUUCCUGCACAAGGAGGGACCGCAGUACAAGUGGGCGGAGUUCACCGGCAAGGUGCCCUUCCCGCGACCCGGAACUUGUCCCAGCAGCACCUAUGGGAGCUACACGUCUACCAGGGAGUAUCCAGAUGAUGUCAUCUUCUUCAGUAGGACCCACCCACUGCUUGAGGAGAUCGUGGCGCCGCUGGGAGAGCGCCCACUGCUGGUCAGAGUGGGGGUUCACUACAAAUUCACCAAGCUGGUGGUGGACCGGGUGGAGGCUGUGGACGGAACCUACGACGUCCUCUACAUCGGCACUGACUCGGGUCUGGUUCUCAAGUCCAUCCACCUCCCCAGAGAUGACGGGCAGAGCCAGGAGAUCACCCUGGAGGAACUACAGGUCUUCAAGCUCGAAUCACCAGUGACAGCCAUGACACUCUCCAAAAAGAAGCAGUGGCUGUUCGUGGGCUCCAGGGAGGGCCUGUCCCAGCUGGCUCUGUAUCAGUGUGAGCUCUACGGCCAGGCCUGUGCAGAGUGUUGCCUUGCCAGAGACCCCUACUGCACCUGGGACGGCCACGCCUGCAGCCCCUACAUGCCCGUCGCCCGCAGGAGGAACGCUCGUCAUCUGGGCCAGGAAGAAGACCCGCUCAAACAGUGUGUCAGACAGGGAGCAGGUCUGCACGUGGAGGCGGAGCAACGGGCGAUGAUGGUUGCCGAGGGCAACAGCACCUACCUGGAGUGUCUGCCGCGGUCCAGGCACGCUGCGGUCACAUGGUACAAGCAGGCAGGAGAGAACAGCCCCGAACUACACAAGGUGGUGUCAGGUGACCAGCUGGUGCUGUUCGAGCGGGGUGUCCUGAUUCGCCGUGCCGAGCUGUCCCACGGCGGCGUCUACCACUGCCAGCUGGAGGAGCACGGCUUCCUCUGGACGGCCGUCACCUUCCGCCUGUCCGUCUGGAGCUCCUCGGCCAAUCACGUCAUCACUUCCUGGUCCGAGCCCACCAAUCAGCACACGGCAGCGGGGCCGGGGGCGGGGCCAGGAAGCUGGUACCAGGACGUGAUGCCGCUGAUCCACCCCGGCGACCUGGGCCAGCACUGCCGGGCCCUCGGAUACCGGCCCCCGCGCAACCACCGUCACCAUGGCGACCUGAAGAAGAGCCAGAGGCAGAAGCACGGAGCGGAAGAAGGAGGAAGGGGCGGUGUGGGAGGAAGAGGAGGAGGAGGGAGAGGGCGCGUGGGAGGAGGAGGAGGAGGAAGAGGAGGAGGGAGGAAGAGCAGGAGCAAGCCGCAGCUCCGGGCCCCGAGGAGCGCCUGAAUGUUGUGGAGAGACGAGAGGAAGCCAUGGAAACACACUGACACACACACACACACACACACACACUGAGACAU